CCCUCGCUGUGUUGAAUCGAUAAAAUAGCUAGCGUCACUCGGCAUUGCGAGCGCUCGGCUGCCUUCUUGUGUCGAGUUCACUUUCUGUUCCUCCCUGGCCCGCGGGAGCCUACGUCCAAAUCGGAUCUUAUAGUCUAGGCAACUGAACUGCAGUCGCGAUGAGUAGGAUCUUUCGCAAGGUCCAAGCGACCCAAGAUUCGCUUUCGGACGAUAUUUUGAAACCCCUGAAAGACUACAAAUACCAGAGUGUGGACAAGUCGUUCAUCUCACGGUAUAUUUUGAAGCAUUACUGGAAUGCAUUCGUCGAACUUCUACCUAUGUGGUUGGCGCCGAACAUGGUCACGCUGUUGGGGUUUAUCUUCAUUGUGGUCAAUGUGUUUUUCAUUGAGCUUUUCAUUCCAGAUCUCAUAGGACCGGGUCCAUCCUGGCUAUAUUACAGCUUUGCCUUUGGUCUAUGGAUGUACUCGACACUGGACAACGUUGACGGUAAACAGGCUAGGAGGACGGGUACUUCUAGUCCCUUGGGAGAGCUUUUUGACCAUGGGAUCGACUCUCUGAACUGCACUCUUGCGAGUCUGCUCGAGACGGCAGCAAUGGGCUUGGGUUCGACGAAACUCGGAGCGUAUACUGCUCUGAUUCCAUGCUUGGCCAUGUACGCCUCAACCUGGGAAACGUAUCACACGCAUACUCUUUACCUAGGCUAUGUGAAUGGCCCCACUGAGGGUCUCCUCAUCGCCAUCGCGUUCAUGAUUGCAUCCGGCAUUUAUGGCCCCCAAAUAUGGGGGCAGCCGAUCACGAAUCUGUUGAACUACCCGCAAAUAUUCGGGACAUACUCAGUACGGGAUCUGUGGGUUCCGUUCCUUGUCGCAUCCUUCUUCGUGGGACAUUUGCCGGCCACGAUCUAUAACGUUAUUGUUGCUCGGAGACGGCAGAACCUCCCAAUCACCCCCUUGUUCAAGGAAUGGAUGCCCAUGCUUGUGUUCACGGGAUGUAACCUUGCCUGGCUCCUUUCUCCAUACUCAACACUGCUGGUUCAAAAUCACCUGGUGCUAUAUUGCUGGACUAUCUCUUUUGUCUUUGGUCGGAUGACUACCAAGAUCAUCCUUGCCCAUCUGACCAGGCAGCCGUUCCCUGGCUGGACUGUACUCCUCACACCACUAAUCGGGGGCGCUGUGCUCGGGAACCUACCACUUCUCGGUCUCACCAAAGUCAGCGCCUGGCUGGAAUUAUGGUAUUUGAGGGCGUAUCUCCUCUUCGCCUUUGUUGUAUACAUGCAUUGGGCUUUUCUGGUGAUCAACCGGAUCACAACCUUCUUGGGGAUCAACUGCCUUACAAUUCGUGAAGAUAAAUCAAUGGCUCGAGAUAGAGCCUAUCGUGAAUUUGGAGAGGGCCUGCUUGGUGGGUCUGCCACCCGACUCGAUACUCCAGGUACAGUCAAGGGGGGAGUCAAAAGCCACUGACUUCGUGUCGUUCUAAAGAUCUAAUGUCCCUCCGCUCGGAUAGGAUACGGUAACUAAGUUCUUCGCCCCUGUCUGGUGACGGACGACUUCCCGUUAUCAUCGGACUCUCCUCGUCGAAUACUGCGGGUAUAUGCACGCAUAUUAUUGUUGUUGAGAGCAGUGAACAGAUUGUAUAAAACGAAUUUAAAAUGGGGUGCGACUUGCCGGGUUCUUCGCUGCGCGAGUGAUACUGGAUGAAGGGAGCCGAGGGGAGUCCCGACUGCACAUAAAUAUUUUUUCCGUCAUAUACUUCAUACGGUGUGUCUUCCAACUCUAUCGACUAUGUAAUAACGCCAUUCAACUCCUUAUCUCCAGGACUGGGUUAUGCACCUGGACCAUGACUCGCCGACGGUUCACCAGAUGAAGCGUCUCGCCAUGUGAUCAUACUUUAUAAUACAUAUUCAUGUCACGUUAAUUAGAAAUUGAACUGGGAAUAGAGUGCAUUCAGA